AUGUUUCAGACCACCUACCGGAAGCGCCAUCGGGACGUUGACGAGGAUUCUGACUGUGACGAGGACAGGUACACAAAGAAAUCACGGCCAGCCUUUGCAAAUCACACAAGCAAUGACCAAUUUCAUUUCCAAUCACAAUCAACUCUACCCCACCGACCCUUUCAAACACCCUCUCCACCUAGGCUGUUUACGGACAUCCGUUCCAUGACACCGGUACAUUCAGACCACGGAAUACUCGACUCACCGGAUUCUAUUCAAGAUGGCUUCUUCUGCAUAUCAAGAGAGUCGAGUAAAAUGGAUUACGACAUGGACAUGGAUGACGAUGCAGAUGCACGGAGCCAGCCGCCAGAGUCGCCUGCAUUCAGUUCCUUUGGCAGCGCCUUUAUGCGACCGCCCAUGCUCCAACCCUCACUAUUCAACUCGGAUUCUGCACCCAGCAAUGGCCGGAUACCAACACCCAUACACCCUUGUUUUAGGAGAGGAGGAAUGAACGGUGUAGGCUAUCCGAUAAGCGGCUCAGCGGGCGGAUUGGAUAUCAGUAGUAUCCAUGUACCGCCUAUGCAGGCCCCGCCCCCAGCAUGGAAAGGACCCAAACAAGGUUUAGAUGAAGACCGAAGUAGGCGCAUGCCUUCGCCCAUAUCCGAGGACGACGAUAUUCCCGACACGCCUACCGCCCAAACCCAGUCGCAACUGUCACGGCUUUGCGUCUCGCCAGUAAGCACGACUGAUGCCAUGGACACGGAGACACGGCCAACGACCGCUUCACCCAACACACCUCGCGGCAGGAAGCGAAGUGGUGCUCUAACGGGCAUGGGCCGUUUCAGCAUGGGCUAUCGGGACGACUGCGAAAAAUGCCGACAAAGAGUGCCGGGACAUUAUUCGCAUUUCCUCACCUAA